AUGCCCAUAACAGUCACAUCUCAUGUCAGCAAGACUGUGACUGUAGCAGCUACGACAAUAGCGACGAUUAAUAUUAAUACUACAGUCACAAAGCUUGUAACCAAUUCUCGUACCAAUGUUGUUACUGGCACAACUACCGUUUGGGUCACCACUACAGCGUCCGCUCCAGUCGUGACCUCGGACCCAAGUUACGCGAAGUCCUCCGAAUACAUACUUUUCCAAGAGAAUAACUUUCCUGACGCCAGCUUUUCUACCUGCAAGAGUUUUUGCUUGGCCCAACAGGAGGAUGUUCCUGUUUAUAGUUUCGGCUUUACUUCUCGCGCUUGUUACUGCUAUAGCGAGCCAGUACUGGAUGCAGUUGACCGCGACUCGAACCUGGUAGCUAUAAAUUACGAUAUGUCCUGUGAAUCUGCGGACGAGGACAACUCCCAGCCUGACAAGCGGGAAUUCCAGAAGCGUGCUGUCAAGACUACAAUACCAAGCUAUCUGCCCAAUAAAACGCCUAGUGUUGUCAGCAGUGCCUGCUCGUGCUUAAUCACCAAACCUGCUGCUCGCCAGACCUUGACCGUUUUUGACGACCCCACGACUAUUCAAACAACAAUGACGACAACUAAGGUGGUAACGAUCAAUAAGAAGAAAACUACUCUUGCUACUACACGUCAGACUGUUACUUCAAUAGUAUUGACCACUUUGAUAGCGACAGGAACUCAGACUGCAACCAUAACUCAGCAUACAGUCAGCACUAUUACCAAGCCGGUUACUGUCUUUAUUACAAACUUCAAUACUGUCACUGUAAUACAGACUUCUACCUCUUCUACAGUCAAAACCGAUACUAUCCCUAUUACCAAGGUCAAUACUGUCCCUUGGACUCGCCUGAGCACUGUUUUUGUCACCAAUGGAGUAACCACUACAGUCAUUCGAACUGCCCCGACCCCGCGAACCGUAACGUCUAUUGUCACGCAAGAGGCAUCUACCAGGACUUAUGUCAGCGAAAUUACAAUCUGGGGCACUAUAGCGCCCGAUUCAACGACCAAAGAUGCAACAACUACAAGUAUACAUGCAAUUAUACCUCCUCCAAAUUCAUCUUUCAGCGCGUCUGCGGAAACGCCUGCCACGCCUUCGAGGUCGAGUACGCCUAUGGUCACACCAGCGAGAACUUCAAGCUCGAGUACAUCCACAAGCACCCCGAGUUGGAAGGUGCUGGACAACAACGCUGCGGCCGCCAAAAUUGUUGCUGAUGGUCCCGAUCUCUACCAGAUGCAUACGUCUGGAUAUAUCUGGAUGUAUACAGGUACCCCUAUUACUGGUUGGCGACUAUUGGGCAACCAGGCUUCAACCACCAAGGUUUCUACCUCAAACGGUAAUCUCUACCAGCUUCGAAAUACCGGGGAGAUUUACAAGUAUACUGGUACUCCAGUGACGGGUUGGAAGUUGCUCGACAACAACGCUGCCGCUCUCGAUAUCGUAGCCAGCGGUAACGACCUAUACCAACUCCAUAAAUCCGGCUACAUCUAUAAGUACACGGGCACUCCUAUCACUGGAUGGCAACAGGUUGGCAACAGUAUGGAUACCAAGAAGAUUGCCGCUUCCGGGGGAAGUCUCUACCGACUCGACAGUGGCGGCCUUAUCUGGAAGUACAAUGGAGUACCCAUCACUGGAUGGGAUAAGCUGAGAGGCGACUCAAGCGCCAUGGAUAUUGUGGUACGAGGUGCUGAUCUCUAUGAGCUUGAUACCUCUGGAAGUAUUUGGCAAUACACUGGCGUUCCGAUAAGCGGCUGGAGGCAACUCGAUAACAAUUUCCGGACGAAGCAGAUUGCUGCCGGAGCCGAAGGGUUUUAUCAGAUUCAUACCAACGGAAAUAUCUGGCAAUAUACCGGCACGCCCAUCACUGGCUGGAAGCUACUGGAUGGAAACACUACCUCCACCUAUAUUACAGCAGGCGACUCACUCUACCAGCUUCGCAGUACAGGUUACAUUCUGCAGUACACUGCGUAG